AUGGGCCUCAAGCGUAAUUAUUGGAAUGCGGACGAGUGCGGGAGCUUCUCAGCGCUCCACCAUGCGUCACGCCACGGACUCAAGCGGGUGAUUAAUUGGGUACUUGAAAGUGGCAUUUACAGCGUUAACGAACUAACACGGAUGGGCACUACGCCUGUAAUCCAUGCCGCCGCGGACGGGCACGUGUUGACGACCCGAGGACUGCUAGCACGCGGCGCUAAUCCACACCUUCGUAACUGGUAUGGUGAAGCGUUGCACUGCGCUAUCGAGUCGAACAAUGCGGCCCCAGUGCGCGAGCUUGUCCGCUGGGGAAUGGAUCCCGAAGGUGGCGUCGGGCAAGACGGGCGCACCUAUCUUUCAUGCGCGAUGGACGAGGACGCGGCCGAGGCGUUUGCGGCGCUAGUCGACCUUGGCGCCGAAAUUGUGUUACACAGUGCGCGCGGGCCACACAGCCACAUGUUUUUCACUGCAGUACUUUAUAGCUGCGAUGAGAUCGUCGCACUGAUGCUGGAGCGGGGAUGGGCCGACAUUGGAAUGAGAGAUCCCGUGGGGCUCACAGCAGUGCACUAUGCCGCUGCGUCCGGGAAUUGGAAAACUGUAAUUAAUCUCCUUGAGGCUGGGGCCGAUAUCGAUGCGAUGGAUGAAGGCCAAACGGCUCUAGAUUGUGUGGAGCUGGAAGGCAACAAGACUAUGGCGAGAUUGUUGCUAGACUUGGGGGCCACACCUUCGGGUCGAACACAGAGGUGA